AUGUUGUACCUCAAGGCCCUUGUGCUUGCUGCCCUCGCUGCGCCCUCGCUCGGCCAAUUGAACGAGCAGACCACGCCGACGCUGAACCUCACCGCCAUCGGCGCGUCGCAUGGCGAAUCAACUCUGGAGUGCUGGCAGCUUGACUCGCCUUUCAAGACUUCUACCGGCGCCGGAACUUCAGGCGCGCUGGGGCUGUUCCUCGGGGAUCUCUCCAACGCGACUUACACCGUUCUUCCAGGCCGUUUCGAUGGCGGGUUGCACACAGCGCCCGCACGCCAGUUUGUUCUAUUCACCGCGGGAUUGAUUCAUAUUACGCUGCCAAACGGCACCGACGAGGCCUGGAUACAAGGCGGCAAGUACGGGUUGAUCAUUGCGGCGGACACCGCGGACGUUUCGACGCACGGCCACCGAACCCAGUACCCCAGUGCUGCGGACACGAUCGGCAUCCAAUUCCCAAUUCAGUCGGGAAGUGACUUCAAGUACAAGAGGCUUCAUCGCGGCGCCUGCCAUGAAACAGAAAUGACGGGACUAUGA